AGCGAUUGCUUGAAAAUUUGAGCACAGCGUGCUUGUUUUUCACGUUUGCAUGUGUGUGAUUGUGUGUGUGUGUGCGAUCGAGAAGUUUCUGCAGCAAUUGAUUUAAAGCCAAACGGUAGAAAAGAAGCACAAAACAGCCAAAAAUCGUUUUUCAUUUAGAACAAUUGUAUAAUCAUGACCACUGAAGACACCGUUGCUGCCAACGCCGCCAAUAGCGCUGGCGCUGACGCUAUUAGUCAUAAGGAUAAAGGUAAUGAAGCCUUCAAGGCGUCCAAAUGGUCGGAUGCAGUGCAAGAAUACAGCGCUGCCAUUAAGCUUGGCGAUAAACACAAGGAGUUGUCCGUAUUCUAUAAGAACCGUGCUGCUGCCUAUUUAAAGCUAGAGAAAUACACAGAGGCCAUAGAAGAUUGCACAGAGUCGCUACGCCUGGCACCCAACGAUCCCAAAGCCUUAUUUCGUCGCGCUCAGGCCUAUGAAGCAUUGAACAAAUCCGAGGAAGCCUAUAAGGAUGCUACGGCGCUAUUCAAAGCUGAUCCAGGCAACAAAUCUGUGCAGCCCAUGUUGCAGCGCUUGCAUCUGAUUGUACAAGAGAAUAUGGCGCGCAAUGCCAAAACUUCAACUAAGGUGAAGCAAAUGAUGGAGCUUGCUUUUGACAUUACAGUACCCAUUGAAAAGCGACGCUCGGGCGCGAAUAAUCUGGUGGUCUUGGCCAAAGAGCCCGCAGGCGCCGAUUUGUUGUAUAAGGAGCAGUGUGUGCCAAAGAUAGCCACUCUUGCAAAGGUCGAGAAGGACGAGCAGAUCUAUUUGAAUAUGGUGCGUGUGGUGGCCUCGUUGUGCGAGAACAGUGUGGAGCGCACUAAAGGCGUUCUAACCGAACUAGGUAUACCAUGGUUUAUGCGCGUGCUCGACCAGAAGCAUGAGGAUUGCGUGAGCACUGCACAGUUUUGCCUACAGACCAUCAUUAAUGCGCUGUCUGGCCUGAAGAACAAGCCCGAUGCGAAGCCGAACAAGGAACUAUGCGAAAAGCAUAGUCGUGAAAUUGAUACGCUGCUCACGUGCCUGGUUUAUAGCAUCACGGAUCGCACGAUAUCGGGCAAGGCGCGUGAUGCUGUUAUUGAGCUGCUCACACGCAAUGUCCACUACACGGCGCUGCAAUGGGCGGAGCGUUUAGUAGAGAUACGUGGCCUGUGCCGCCUGCUAGAGGUGUGCUCAGAGCUCCAGGACUACAAAUAUGAAAGUGCUAUGGAUAUAACAGGCUCUUCGAGUACUAUUGCUUCGGUAUGUCUGGCCCGCAUUUAUGAGAACAUGUACUACGAUGAGGCCAAGCAACGUUUUACGGAGCAAAUUGAUGAGUUUGUCAAGGAUAAGCUGCUCUCGCCUGACAUGGAGUCCAAGGUGCGCGUAACUGUGGCCAUCACAGCACUUCUUAAUGGUCCACUCGACGUGGGUAAUCAAGUGGUAGCCAGAGAUGGCAUUCUGCAAAUGAUCUUGGCCAUGGCCACGACAGAUGAUUUGCUGCAGCAGCGCGUGGCCUGCGAGUGUCUUAUAGCGGCUUCCUCAAAGAAGGACAAGGCCAAGGCUCUGUGUGAACAGGGCGUCGAAAUCCUGAAAGGUCUAUAUCACUCCAAGAAUGAUGGAAUACGUGUGCGCGCCUUGGUGGGUUUGUGCAAGUUGGGUAGCUAUGGUGGUCAGGAUGCAGCUAUAAGACCAUUUGGCGAUGGCGCCGCUCUAAAACUUGCCGAGGCUUGUCGUCGGUUUUUGAUCAAGCCGGGCAAGGAUAAGGACAUACGCCGCUGGGCAGCCGAUGGCUUAGCCUAUCUGACGCUUGAUGCAGAGUGCAAAGAGAAGCUUAUCGAGGACAAUGCUUCCAUACAUGCGCUCAUGGAUUUAGCGCGUGCUGGCGAUCAGUCGUGUUUAUACGGUGUCGUCACUACCUUUGUGAAUCUGUGCAAUGCAUAUGAAAAACAGGAGCUGGUCCCCGAAAUGAUUGAGCUGGCCAAGUUUGCCAAACAUCAUAUACCGGAGGAGCACGAGUUGGACGAUGUGGAUUUCGUGAACAAACGUAUAACUGUCCUGGCCAAUGAGGGCAUUACCACGGCGCUUUGCGCUUUGUCCAAGACGGAGAGUCACAACUCCCAGGAACUUAUUGCACGUGUGCUUAAUGCCGUCUGCGGUUUGCAGGAGCUACGCGGCAAGGUGGUUCAGGAUGGUGGUGUUAAGGCGCUGCUUCGAAUGGCUUUGGAGGGUACCGAAAAGGGAAAACGGCAUGCUAGCCAAGCGCUUGCUCGUAUCGGCAUUACCAUUAACCCGGAGGUGGCAUUCAGCGGUCAGCGUUCGCUCGAUGUCAUACGGCCGUUGUUGAAUCUAUUGGCGCAGGACUGUACGGCUCUAGAGAACUUUGAGUCACUGAUGGCGCUUACCAAUUUGGCCAGCAUGAAUGAGAGUGUGCGUCAGCGCAUCAUCAAGGAGCAGGGCGUCUCCAAGAUUGAGUUCUAUUUGAUGGAGGAUCACUUGUACCUCACACGUGCGGCGGCUCAGUGUCUUUGCAAUCUGAUCAUGUCGGAGGAUGUGGUGAAAAUGUUUGAGGGCGAGAACGAUCGUGUGAAGUUUUUGGCACUACUCUGCGAGGACGAGGACGAGGAAACGGCCAUGGCGUGCUCUGGUGCUUUGGCCAUGCUCACCUCCGUCUCCAACAAGUGCUGCUCCAAAAUUCUGGACAUUUCCAGCUGGUUGAAUAUAUUGCACACUCUUAUUGCUAAUCCAAGUCCAGCCGUUCAGCAUCGCGGCGUUGUUGUCAUACUUAAUAUGAUUAAUGCGGGCUCUGAGAUUGCUAAGAAAUUAUUCGACACCGAUAUUAUGGAGCUGCUGAGUGGCCUUAGCCAGCUGCCCGGCGAGGAGCGUGCCAAGGCUCGUGAGGUGGCCACCCAAUGCUUGUCAGCUGCAGAACGACAUCGCAUCAUCGAACGUUCCGAUGAUGCAGAGAUACCGGACGUGUUUGCCGAGAGUGCCAAAAUCACCGAAAUCUUGGACGAUGAUUAAAUUGUGUAAAGUUUCGAUUUAGUUUCUAGACCCUGCACUCUUUCAUCUAACACUUCAUCAGCGAGUUGUGGCUCACUGAGUCAUUUAAUUUAUUUUCAAAUCACUUAUCAAAUCUGUACUU